AUGCCAGAUGAUGUUGAAGGGGACGGACGGGCAGCGGCCUGCCGAGCCCCACGGAGCUCAGUCAGGGCAGUGGCCCGCCGAGCCCCGCAGAGCUCAGUCAGGGCAGCGGCAUUUGGUUGUCCAGCAACUGACGUGGGGGAGGGAAUUCUCUACAGGUAUGGUGGCACCUUGCAGCUCAACUACACCAAGUGUGCAGAAGCUGCUGUACAUGUUUGGAUUCCAGUGAGAGGCACCUCUCAGCAGGAGGGCUUCCACUUUCACCAAGCCCAGUGGGUGACAGGCAACCGGGUGUCUUGUGAACUUUUCCAGGCCCAGGCAAUGACUGGAGUGGUGCGGUGGAACUUCCAGAGGCUGGUGGACCUGAAACAGCCUGCUGUGGAGCUGCCACCUGUGUUCGACCCCCUGUUAAUUUCAGGACUGAACACAGCCUCUGUCAAGGUGACAGGCCAAGCUAAAUAUCCCAGGCUGCAAAAUACAAACAGGGACACAGAGGAGAGAUUUGGACUGCAGUUUGUGGAGCCAGGUUGUCGUCCUGUUGUGCUGAACUGGGACAAGCAAAAUAUACAGCCCAACAUCCCAGCUACUGUAGCCAUGGAGACAGAGGAUCACUGCCCUGCUGCUAUGGUGGGCACAGACUCUCAGGAGACCAGUGAUGAGCCAGUUGGAGCGGUGCCCAUCCUAUCUUUCCAGCAGGGCUCUGAAACCGUUUCCCAAUCCCAGCAGUCCCAGCAGUCCCAGCAGUCCCACAAAAGUUUUCCAGCAGCAUUGACCGUGUUCCUGCUAUCAAAGAGAGCUUUGAGCUGCUUUCUACCGUCGGCAGAAAAGGCAGUUGGACCGAUCAGUCUCCCCGAGUUGGUCAAAGAAAUGCCUCAGAAAACAACGAAGAGACGAGACGGGACCUUUUGCGUGUGA